UCUAAAAAAGGUUAACUCUCUGUCAUAAAAAAGGUUAACACUCUGUCUUUUUCUACGUGAAAUUUCUGUCAGUUUCUUAAUAUGGCAGCACAGAAAGGGAGUCGGUCUUUAGAGCAAACGCCAAGUUGGGCAGUCGCGGUUGUCUGUUUUGUGCUGAUUUUGAUUUCAAUUAUCAUAGAACAUGUCAUCCACUUAAUUGGAAGGUGGUUAAAAAAGAGACAAAAGCGAGCUCUUCGUGAAGCACUUGAAAAGAUUAAAUCAGAGCUUAUGCUGUUUGGGUUCAUAUCAUUGCUCCUGACAGUGGGACAAGGAGUCGUAUCUGAUAUUUGCAUAUCAAAGGCUUUAGGGGCUACAUGGCAUCCUUGUAGCAAGAAACAGGAGAGUGAAUCAGCAAAGAAUGAAGAGAAAUCUUCAGAUUCAGAUGAAAAUCAUCGGAGAAGGCUCCUAACGUUUCAAGAUUCUGGUGGUGGUGAUCGAAGAGUUUUAGCAGCAGCAGGAUAUGACAAAUGUGCAUCCAGGGGAAAGGUUUCCUUAGUGACAAGUAAGGGCAUACAGCAGCUACAUAAAUUCAUUUUUGUUCUGGCAGUUAUGCAGAUUGUACACAGCGUUGUCACCAUGGCUUUGGGCAGGGCAAAGAUGAGGCGGUGGAAAGCAUGGGAGAAGGAAACUCAAACAACAGAGUACCAAGUCGCUAAUGAUCCUGAAAGGUUCAGAUUUACAAGACAAACAACAUUCGGAAGACGACACGUUUCUACUUGCACAGAAACAUCAAUUCAGCUCUGGAUUAAAUGUUUCUUCAGACAGUUCUUUAAUUCAGUAGCCAAAGUUGAUUAUAUGACUUUAAGGCAUGGCUUCAUCUCGGCUCACUUGUCGGGAGAUAGUAAUUUCGAUUUCCAGAAGUACAUAGAGCGAUCCUUGGAUGAAGAUUUCAAGAUUGUGGUCAGCCUCAGCCCCCUUAUGUGGUUCGUUGUUGUUAUCCUGAUGCUUGUUGACGUGCACGGCUGGCACGCAUAUCUUUGGUUAUCUUAUGUUCCCCUCCUGGUAGUGUUAACUGUGGGAACCAAACUUGAGGUCAUUGUUGCACGAAUGGCUCUUCAAAUCAACAAUCAAAACAGAGUGAUCAGGGGAACCCCUCUAGUUCAACCAAAAGAUGAACUGUUCUGGUUUGGACGGCCGCAAUUUGUUCUUACUCUUCUACAUUUCGCGUUAUUUGUGAACGCCUUCGAGCUUGCCUUCUUCAUUUGGGUAAUGGUCCUAUUUGGUUUUGAUUCUUGCUACCAUGAGCACACCGCAAUCACUGCCACAAGGAUUGUAUUAGCGAUCACAGUUCAAGUCCUUUGCUGCUAUAUUACACUUCCUCUAUAUGCACUUGUGACACAGAUGGGUUCAAAAUUCAAGGGUAAGGUAUUAGAUGAUCAAAUGACCAAAAUCAUCAAGCAAUGGCAUGCCGAUGUGAGGGAGAGAAGGAAGAGACAAGAACUUCUACAAUCUCCUCACACUUCUAUGUCAACAGAAUGGAGCCCGAGAAGGGGUAGUCCAGCCGAAUUCGCUUCUCUCCCACUCGCAGGCCCUUCAUUGACUGAAAGCAUUUACUUAUCUAACAAACGGGGAAUCACUGAAGAACAAGACAAAAUAGUGAAAGUAGAAGCAGGUUCCUCUCGUGGUCCAUUUCAGCCAGUCAUACUAGAUAGGCCAAUGCUGAGGAAAGGGUAGAUUGGAGAGAAAAUGGAGCCAUACCACUGGCAAGAGGGAGAUCAGUUUUGUCUAAAAAGUUAUUCUGAUGCCCUGAUCUAUGUCAAUCAUAAAAAGGCACACAUCGGUCACUUAAAAGAGGUUUGCAUCUGCCAGUUUCUGGUUCAUAGUGUAAUGACAAAGUUUACAUGGAUUGAUUGUGUAAUAUUAAGGCCCUUACUGCCAGAAUUCACUGUAAAUCAGUAAUAUACCUUUCAGGAUGAUACAACAUAAGACAGGACCAAAAAUAAAAUGGCACUAGAACGAACUUGUAUCGACUUGUUGGAUUCAUAGCAUAGUUUCAAAACUUAAAAAAGGUUGAGUCAGGUAUCUAGUAGAUGUUUCUUGAAAGAAUCUGUCUCACAUUUGCUCUCACGUGGUUUGGCCCAAUUGAA